CCGCCGCCUGCUCGCCGGCAGGUCUCCCGCCCGGGUGCUCCUGGCGAUCCCGGUGACUGACCCAUGGAGCAAACCGGCGCAGGGUCUUCGCAGGUCCCCAGAGGAAGCACAGCCACUACUUGACAGGUAGGAAUGUGGAAGAAGGCCCACAAGGAAGUUCCAAGUGUAUGCAGCCAUCCCCUGAGGAGAAUCUCAGAAGACGCGAACCCGCAGCAGACACCAGGAAGGCCAGGGGGCUAAAAAUUAGACAGACUCUCUUCCCCCUGAGCUGUUGGUAUCAAGGCAUGUCCUUUGUUGUGACAGAUCACUGGUAGGGAGAUGCCCGGGCACUGGAUGUUCUCUGCAGCAUGCUGAGGAGACGUAACCUGCUCACCACACUCCUGAUUGCUUUGCCAUGGGGCCUUCUCCUCACUUUGUGGCACCAGUACCCAACCACCCGCUACCUCAGCCUUCUGAGAAAAGAAACCGAUGACAAUGUGACCGCCAAAUCUCUCUUCAACAGUACAUCUUUUGUGAGGGAAGAAGGCUCAUCAUGCGCUCGACAGCCAGCCGUGGGGACAGCUGCCAAAAUAAUCCGGAGCUAUGUGUAUGCCAGGCCUCCCCCAUGGUCGGACACGUUGCCUGCCAUUUUUGUGAUCACGCCCACCUACACCCGGCCAGUGCAGAAAGCGGAGCUUACCCGGCUGGCCAACACUUUCCUCCACGUGCAGAACUUGCACUGGGUAGUUGUGGAGGACUCGCCCCGAAGGACCAACCUGGUAUCUAAUCUGCUGGAGAAGGCGGGCAUCAAUUUUACUCACCUGAAUGUUGAGACCCCAAAGAGUCUGAAAGUAGGCCUGUCCUGGAUCCCGUCUCACACCCCGAGGGGUACCCUGCAAAGGAACCUCGGGCUGCGUUGGCUGAGGGAAAACUUCCGCAACGCACCACCGCCAGAAGGCGUCGUUUACUUUGCAGAUGAUGAUAAUACUUAUAGCCUAGAGCUCUUUGAAGAGAUGCGCUACACAAAGAAGGUCUCCGUGUGGCCAGUCGCCUUUGUUGGUGGCCUUAGGUUCGAGUCCCCAAAAGUGAGCCCGGCAGGGAAAGUGGUCGGCUGGAAAACUGUCUUUGACCCUAACCGGCCCUUUGCCAUUGACAUGGCUGGCUUUGCCAUCAGCAUCAAAUUGAUCCUGGAGAAAUCUCACGCCAGUUUCAAGCUAGAUGGAGUGAAAGGAGGCUACCAAGAAACCAGUUUACUGAAGGAUCUGGUGACUAUGGAUGGAUUGGAGCCCAAAGCUGCUAACUGCACAAAGGUCUUGGUCUGGCACACAAGGACUGAAAGGCCAAUUCUGGUGAAUGAAGGCAAACGUGGAUUCACAGACCCAAGGGUGGAGGUGUAGAGAAUUCGUCCUAUGCUGUGCCACCAUCUCAGCAUCUCUGUCAUGUGCAGCACAUUAAUGCAACAAUCAAGAUAACAUCCUAGUUGUUUCCAUAUGUACCAGCUUCCAAGUUCCCAAGAGCCAUAAAAGAGACAAAGUCAAUAUGGUACUCAAGUCCAUUGUUUACUUUCCCUGACCA